CUUAUUUAAAAGACAAACUCAGGCAGGGAGUUGAAGUCAUCCAGGUUGUCUUUCCUCCAGAUGUUGCCCUGUACCACUGCCACCAAUCACAAGUAGUUUGCAGUCAUGUUUGAGAAUAGCAGCAAUGAUCCAUUCCUGCCUUCCUCUCAAGAUAAGGACCUGGUAGAUGACCUGCUGUGCAGUGAUGACUCGGAGGCUACUCGUGACACUAGCUUCUCUCUGACCAAAGCCCUGUUGCCCCUGGUGGAGCCCCCUUCCUCUUCCCUUGUCCCCUGGGUCUGCUCCACUCGCUAUAAGACGGCCCUGUGCACCAGCUAUGCAACCAGUGGUUUCUGUAAAUACGCUGAACGCUGCCAGUUUGCUCACGGCCUCCGUGAGCUCCACGUGCCUUUCCGCCACCCCAAGUACAAGACUGAGCUUUGUCGCAACUACCACACCACAGGCUACUGCUUCUAUGGAGGUCGCUGCCUGUUUGUCCAUAGCCCCACAGAGAUGCGGCAGGUCCAACGACACCGUAGGAAUAUUCCCUGUCGCAAGUUCCUUGCCAAUCGGGUCUGUCCCUUUGGCAAGCGCUGUAAUUUCCUGCAUGUUGAGGAUGAGGUGUUGGAGGAUGGGUAUCCAGCUGCUACUUUGGACCCCAACUCACCUGCCCCUACUGACCAGGUUCAGCCUCAGCGUAAGGUGUGGAAGCCUAAGGGUGCGCUUUGCCACACCUUCAGCACUUUUGGUUUCUGCCUCUACGGUACAAGCUGCUGCUUUCAGCAUGGACUCCCCAGCAAAAUCAAGACUGCUGACCUCAGCCAAGCACAGUUCCUGUCUCCCCAGCCAACCCCAAGCACUGCAGGUUUACCUUCAAUCUCAUCCAAUGGGUCAACCUCUUCCUCCACAUCAACCUCCCCUCGUCCUGCCCUUUCCCCAUCCCCAGAGGUCAUGGUCCACAAUGCCUUCACUUUCUCCAGCCAUCACCUGAAUGACCUCCUGCUGCCCCUGGCUAUCCAUCUGCAGCAGCUAGAGAGCACCAAGGGCCAGGAGGUCUGGGACAGCAGAGCACUUUGAGUUUGUGGUCCAAAUUAGAAUUUGCAUGAGCACUAGAAAAAUUUUUAUUUUCUUUUUUUAAUUCCUUUUAAAGGAGGCUGUCUUUACAUGUACUUUUUUGUUUUAAACACAAGUUGUUUGACUUGUUGACCAGCAGGUCAAAGAGCUGGAACUGUUCAGUGUCUCUGAACAGAAAGUCUUCCAGCUUUGAGGGUAAUUUAACUUUUUAACUGUGGUACUCAAACCAUAAGCUGCAUAAAUGAACUGUUGUAAAUAAAACAAAUUUUAACAAUCA